AAUAAUAAUUAAAAGCCGGUUCCAUUUUCACCAUUUUACGAAUUUGCCCCUCUCGAAUCGGUUUUCGUUUUUUCCGGAUAAUUCAUUCUGCAAUCAAUCUCCUCGUUUUUCUCACAAUUGCUUGGAGAAGCUUCAAUUCAUAUCAAUGGAGUUCUUUAAUCUACUGAGUUAACUUCAGCAGUUUCGCAGCUACUUUCUUCAAUGGAUUUACCUGCAACUUUUCGCCGGAAUUCCUUCCCUUUGUCUCAGUGCAGCUCUUGCUGUUACAUUCGUUUCAAUCCUUGUUUCGCUUCGUUUACUAGCUUGAGGGAGCAACAACGGAUUCGUCAUAGCAGCCUGAAGCUCUAUCAGGUUUCCAGCCGUGUGAAGCGCGGGAUUGCUUGUAGAGUUACUGAAACGCCGACUGAACCAGAUGGCAAUAAUAAUGAUAAGGAAGAACAUGGCUCUGAAGGUGGAGAUCAGCCAUCUUUCUCCAACUCUGUCACAGAAGAUAAAUUUCAGCUUGAUUCUCAGGCUGUUGAUGAAGUCAAUAAUGUAGAAAAUAAGGACCAAGGUGACAUCCAGGACAUUGAUAAUGUAGAAGUUGCUAGUGGAUCUCCCCUUCCAGGACUAAAGCAGCCACAACAACUGGAUGAAUCAUUCAGAAUUCCCCGAGAAACAAUUGAAAUUCUUAAGAACCAAGUGUUUGGAUUUGAUACUUUCUUUGUGACAAGUCAGGAUCCAUAUGAGGGUGGAGUGUUGUUUAAAGGAAAUUUGCGAGGAGAGGCUGCUAAGAGCUAUGAAAAGAUAACAAGGAGAAUGCAGGAUACAUUUGGGGAUGUAUAUAAGCUUUUUCUUUUAAUUAAUCCAGAGGACGAUAAACCUGUAGCUGUUGUUGUUCCACGAAAGACCUUGCAACCAGAGACGACAGCUGUCCCAGAAUGGUUUGCUGCUGCCGCUUUUGGACUGGUUACUGUAUUUACGCUACUUCUCCGAAAUGUGCCUGCAUUGCAAUCCAACUUACUAUCGACUUUUGACAACCUUGAGUUGCUUAAAGAUGGACUACCUGGGGCUUUUGUAACUGCACUUGUUUUAGGAGUGCAUGAACUCACCCAUAUAUUAGUUGCAAGAGAUGCAGGAGUUAAGUUUGGAAUUCCAUACUUUGUUCCUAGUUGGCAGAUAGGCUCCUUUGGUGCAAUCACACGGAUCCUAAACAUUGUACCGAAGCGUGAAGAUCUGCUCAAGGUGGCAUUAGCAGGACCGUUAGCUGGGUUUUCCGUGGGCUUCCUUCUUUACAUUCUAGGUUUCAUCUUGCCACCUAGUGAUGGCAUUGGAGUUAUUGUUGAUGCUUCUGUGUUUCAUGAGUCAUUUCUUGCCGGUGGUAUUGCCAAGCUACUUUUGGGCGAUGCCCUCAAGGAAGGAACUCCUAUAUCCGUGAACCCUCUUGUGAUAUGGGCUUGGGCUGGACUUCUCAUAAAUGCCAUCAACAGCAUCCCCGCCGGAGAGCUUGAUGGUGGGAGAAUUGCCUUCUCAAUAUGGGGAAGAAAGGCAUCAGCUCGAAUUACUGGCGUCUCAAUUGUUCUUCUAGGACUAGCCUCUCUGUUUAGUGAUGUAGCAUUUUAUUGGGUGGCUUUGAUAUUCUUCUUACAAAGGGGUCCAAUCGCUCCACUUUCUGAGGAAAUCACUGAUCCUGAUGAGAAGUAUGUUGGUCUUGGAAUUCUAGUUUUGUUUUUAGGAUUGCUGGUCUGCUUACCAUUCCCCUUCCCCUUUACAGAAGAAGUCAUCACAAAUUUUUGAUGUUAUAGUCCAUCCCUUUUUGUUUAUACAACUUCAAAUGUGCAUUGGUAGCUACUCAAAACUUAGAAGAAUUCCCCUAUUCCAUUCCAUUUCAGUUAACUCCA